GAAAAACAUCAAAGUACACCUAUUUCACUCACUCUCGCUGCUUCCCAGCUGCUAAACAAUAAUAUUGUGUGCCUCUAUUGCUUUUUUAACGGAGUGGCAGAGCUUUUUCCAUAAAUUUCUAAAGUUGUCGUCACCAGUGGUCGUGCAAAAAGUGAAAUAUUCAUCAUCUCGCACUCGUUGUUGCACGAAUGUUGUAGCGUAGUACCGUGGGCUAAAGGCAGUAGCAGAUUUUCGUGUCGUUGUCGUCGUCGUCGUCGUCGUGGUCGUCGUCGUACCACAAUAUCUGUACGAGGUUGAUGUGUGCAGGAAGUUCGUGCUCGGGAAAGAACUUACUCGGUGCUAGAAAAGUGUGUUUUUUCUUUGUGUGAAACUGUGCGUGCGAUUGUGAUUGUAGCCAUUGAAGAGAAGGUCGUUUGCAAGCUGUACGCAAAGGUUACCCCGUGGCUUUGCAUGGUGUGAAAAACGGAAAUACGCGAUGACUAUUAAACCCGUGGUCAAUCAGAAAAGUGCUAAAGAGGAAACGCAGGAGGGCACGCCUCAGAAUGUCCAUGGUGUUGGCAAUGCAAGCGUUCGAACGUCGCACCGUAAUGUGGUGCUUAAUCAGCUGUCGUCAUCGGAAUCACAACAUAGGUUGGAGGAAUUCAUCAAAGUGAAUAUGUGUGUCACGCGUUUUUUUUUCUUUUCUUUUUCCUUCCUUCCCAUUUUGUUUUCUCCACAGGCGCUGCCAAGGGAAAAACGGGUGCUAACACCUCACAGCUUCGAAAACGAUAGCGUAGUACGUCAUCGUAGGAGCCCACACAAAAAUCUUGGGCGCCUAAAGCGUGAUCAUUACCACAAGCGGGAAAGCCGCGAACGUGAGAAAACUGCCGGUUCUCCAAGCUAUCACCAUCAUGUCGUACUGCAACCGUCAGCCAGUAACAAAAAACAAACCUCAACCUGCUCCAGCACUCUGGCCAGCACUGCCGGCGGUGGCCGCUCGCCAAAAAGCACACACCAAUCGUCCGGUUCGAGUGGAACGUUGCUGAGUGGUCAUCAGGGUGUUGUAAGCAACCCAGGUGUGUCGGGUGUUGAUCUCAAUGCUGUGCUGGAGGAUGUCCGCUCAGGCUACAACAGUGGUGACGAGUAUUUCGAGCAGAAGGACGCACAGCUGACGGCGGAUGAAUGGAAAAAGCGCGAUGAAGCGUUCGCGAAGGUACUGUCCGAGCGUGGCUUUAUCCUGCACGAGAUGGAGGAAGAUGGUGCGUGCCUGUUUCGUGCCAUAUCCCUGCAGAUUUACGGUGAUCAAGAUAUGCAUGAAGUCAUACGACAGCAAACGAUGGAUUACAUUUACAAAAACCGCGAAUAUUUUGCACAGUUUGUUACCGAAGAUAUAGCCGAUUACGUCGAACGGAAGCGCGCCAAUCAUGUGCACGGCAAUCACAUAGAAAUUCAAGCAAUGUCUGAGAUGUACAAUCGUUCCGUGGAGCUAUAUUGCUAUCAAACUAAACCUACCAAUAUCUUCAACUCGGAUCAACUCAACAACGGUAACGAACCGUUCCGGCUGUCCUACCAGCGCAGCUCGCACUACAACGCUAUCGUUAACCCGUACAAAGCAUCGGUCGGCGUUGGUCUCGGACUAGCCGGUUACCGACCGGACGAGCUCGACAUCAAGGAGGUGGCCGAUGCGGUGCGCAUGAGCGAGGAACUAGAGAUCGAAAAAACGAUGCUGGAAGACAAGCUCAAAACUACCGACUGGGAAGCAACAAACGACGAGAUCGCGGAACAGAUUGCGCGCGAAUCCUACGCACAGUACUGUCGCGAAAGUCGGCUCGGUGCCGGAGGUGGAUCGAGCCAGAACAAGAGCACGAGCAGUACGAUAACCUCUACGGAGAUGAUGGCAGCUUGUGCAAGUGGAUCGCAAACGGCUUCCUCGUUUCUGUUGGAGCUACGCAAAUCACCCUCGACAGCCCAUGGCAACCAUCAGUCUGUAUCUGGACAUGCGAGCGAUCGAGGCGCUUGUUCCUCUAGCUCGAAAAACAGUUCGUUCGAGCUGGAAUGCUGUUCUUCGCCGUCGUCCUCCCAGCAGCAAUACUAUUACGGUUCGAGCACGAAUUCAAGUAGCACGACCACCAGCAACAGCACAACCUGCAGCGGCGACUGCAACCGUAGGAAAAAGCGUAAUCUGAACUCACCGAUCGAAAAACCGAACACCGCAGAAACGAAAAAGUGUAAAGCAAACAGCAAUCGUGCGUGCAGCACCUCGAACAGUCCACGUCGGUCCGAAAGUCCUGUUCAAGAUAAAUCACCUGCUCCCUCUCCACCGAGCACAUCGAGCACAACGCCUCCGGUCAGGGUGGACAGUGGAGAGGAAGAAAGCGGUGGCAGCGGUGGUUCUAGUAGCAUGUUUAUGUCCUUACAACAACCACAGCUACCGCUGCGCGACGAAACACCGAUGUCCGAGUUUUAUCAAUCGUUGCUCGAAUCGUCCUACACUGACGAUGGUAGCUUCGGGCAGUUAUCCGAGCGAGAAAUGAUACAGAAAGCGCUGGAGGAAUCCGCGAUGGAUUUUGUGAAACGCGGCGACAGUUCUAAAGCGUUCCACGAGGAUAAAUACGGCACAACCGAUGAGGAGUACGAUUCUCCGUCACCGUAAAGUAGAGCAAAGCGCUUUUGUGUACAUUUUUCGUUCGUACAGUUUUCGUCAGACUGGAAAGGAUGGCGGUUGCGCUCACAUUUAAGCCCAUACACACAUUCAGCAGGGAUUAACACGUACACAUGGACACAUGCACACACACAUAUACACAUAAAGUCGUUCACACAAAAUCACGCCGAUGAUGGUUUAAUAUAUUCAGCUAUUAACGUUUAUCUGAUAUUUCCAAGGUAGAGAUAUACAAAUUACUGUACUAUGAUUGUUCCACUCCGUCGUUUCUAGUUUUGCACUUUGCACGACGUGGGGAACUGAUUUGGCCCUUCUUUCUUUGUUCGUUUUAUUAGUUGGCGUUUUGGCGUUUUACUUUUUCCGUCUUCGUUUUAAUGUAAAAAAAUACAGCUAACGUGCUAUUAACGCCUGUUUCGUACCGGGGACGGACAAGCGUGUAGCAAAUAGAAAAGGGUACUCUGGCACGCGCCCGCCGCAGGCAGUAUAGGAGAGUAGAUUCACAGCCGGCUAGACGAACGCAAAAUCGGUGUGUAUUGUGAAAGCGUUAGGCGUUAAGCAAGGGGCACAAUGUAUGCAAUUUAGUGCGUAAUUUAUAUGUACGUAAGAUAAGUGGUAGCAUGUAUUAGCAUCCAACUGCAGCGAGAAGGGGGAGGUGGAGGAGGAGGAGGACGCAUUUUAUGCGAUUGCGACAAUUGGCAUCGUUACAACAUUGUACAAAGUAGAGGUAUUGCGACUGAACAUGAUGUCCCUUUUGGAGGGACCCAUUAUCGGCAGACUCCAGCAUGUCAGGAGCGAACGGUUAAUUUUUAAUUUGUUUUCUUCUUCUGGAAAGAUAUUAUAAAAUGAUCGAGAUGUGAAGAUUGGAAUCGUUUUGAUUAUUGCUGCAUUAUUAUUGGAUCCGUUUAGGCGUGCGUGCUCGCACAGCGCUACCUACUACCACUCACACCUGUGUUGGCGCGUGGUAAGAGUACCUAUCAGAAUAACACAAUUUUCAACAUUUCUCUUAAGUACUAAGUCGAGCAGCUGGGAAGAACAAAUAAAAGUAUCAUAACUAA